AUGUCACAGCUCACUCCAAGCACCACACCCAUUCGAACUUUUGAAGAUCAUGAGAGUGCCGUAGAUGCAGUCGCAGUGUUCCCCGACAAACGACGAAUGAUUACUGGCUCGGACGACAAGACACUUCGUCUUUGGGACCUGGAGAUAGGUGUUGUGUUGAAGAAGAUGGAAGGGCAUGGCAGGAAGAUCCUUGACAUCACAACAGCCCGCGAUGCUUGUCUAACUGAGGAUUUGUCUACCGCUGAAGAGCUCCUCACCCAAGAGAUCCACACCAACGCCGACGACUUUACUUCAUAUGCCAAUCGUUCGUUCGUUAUGGCCCGGAAGCACGACUUGGACCACGCCCUUGAGGAUGCAAUCAAGUCAAUCAACAUUAGGCCAUCAUUGACUGGCUGUAUCUCCAAAGGUAUUGCCCUCUGCGGAAAAGGUCACGUCCGAGAAGCGAGAGUAGCAUUUGACGUACAUUCAAUCCGUCUUCCACGCUAUCUGCUUCAUCCGGUAUUCCAGGUCAUCGCACUCUUCAACACAGAUCAACACGAGGAAGCAAUGCUGCUCAUCAAAGACCUGGCUGCCGCUUAUCCCAAUAUCGAUCCUCUUACGCGUCGUGUCGUGGAAACAUAUCUAUGUGAAUCAAAACUUUUAAUGACGUGCGAUCACCUCACCGCCGUUGUCAACUCAGGUGCUGUCUCAUCGAAAUACAUACAUUUCCAAUACCAGGACUUGACCGUUCUCUUCGGUUGGGAUCUCGAGUCCUUGUUGCUUAUGACACACCAGAAACGGUGCCAAGCUUUCCUUUCGACAGAGAUCCCCGGCCAAGAUCACGAUGGCUAUGAUGCAGAACCCAAUUUCUAUGGAAUGCAUCAAUAUUCGCAGAUUUCAGGGCCCAGACUUGAACAGCGGGCUGGGCGCCUCAAAAGACUGAGGCUCGCUAUGACGAAGAGGCCUGAGUCAGUUCCUGCACCUAGACCUAAACCUGGACCUGGACCUGGACCUGGACCACCCCCCACCUCACCACCAGUCACCGCCACCACCACCACCUUCAAACUCACCUACGACGCAUAUUUACCCUACCACUCCAUCAUGCAACACCACCUGUUGUUGACGUUCCUUUCACUCAAGGUCGACAGCGUAAUGCAGCAGCGGGUGCUCCUGGGAGUGAGCACUCCUUGA